AUGGAGAUCCGUGAUGCAAAAGUUUGGGAGAUUGGUGAAGAACUUCCGGCAAUAGAGGUCAUUUCCAUUGGCACCGAAAUAGAGAUGCAAUUCUCAAAAAUAGGAAGUAUUCAGUGGGAAGAUAAAAAUUCUACAGUGUCGCUCGAAGAUCAAGAAUCUGAUGACCAAGCUGGCAAAAGACGCCAAUUUGAGUUACCAUUCUCUCUCUCACCAGUCGUGGCUCGAACUCUCCUUUCACGCAUAUCUCGCCUGCUGAAAUAUUAUGGUGCAGAGGUCCAUCAGCUAAACAAGGCUCAUAAAAAGCUUAGAGAAGCUAGGAACAAGUUGGAGAUCUGUAAUGCAAAAGUUUAG